AUGCGAGAGUACUAUUCGACCCAUGAGCCUUUCGCUGGUUCCGACAACAUUGCUGUCGUUGGCUCCUGCGCUAUGGGUAUCAUGUACCUCAACCUAAUCGUCAUCUUCUCCAUGCUGAAAGUAUGGCCGCAUCUUCAGCGUUGGGCUACGGCAGGCGGUCUGCUCGUCAUGUGUCUUGCCCUCAGCCUCAGCUCUCUCUGCAACAACACUAUUGAGCUCAUAGUCUCACAAGGAGUCAUAUACGCCCUCGGAGGUAGUUUGACUUACUCGCCUUGUAUCCUGUACAUGGAUGAGUGGUUCGACAAGCGGAAGGGUUUGGCAUACGGAAUCAUGUGGGCGGGCACCGGCCUAGCCGGGGUGAUACUACCCCUUGUUAUGGACGGGAUGCUGCACACAUACGGCUUUCGCACUACCUUACGCGUAUGGGCUAUCUGUCUAUUCAUGCUCACCGCCCCGCUACUCUACUUCGUCAGACCGCGUAUCCCACUUGGGCCCAAGCAACGCGCUCGCAAGAUCGACUUCGCCUUUCUCCGCACGUCAACGUUCGGAGUUCAUCAAGCAUGCAAUAUCGUCGAAGCUCUCGGCUUCUUUCUCCCAUUUAUCUACCUCCCUACAUUUGCUCGCAGUAUAGGCGUCGAAAGUAACACCCUUAGCGCCUUGACUGUGAUCCUUUUCAACGUCGCCUCUGUCUUCGGCUGCGUUGCUAUGGGUUCGAUAGUAGACAAAUGGCACGUCACAACCUGCAUUUUAAUCUCUACUAUCGGCACCACCAUCAGCGUCUUCGUCAUCUGGGGCUUCUCCAACUCCCUGGCUCCACUGUAUAUCUUCUGCCUGAUCUACGGCUUCUUCGCAGGGAGCUUCACAAGUGCCUGGCCAGGAAUCAUGCGCGAUGUUACCAAGAAGAGCGACACUGCCGAUCCGAGUAUUGUCUUUGCAUGCCUGGCGGCAGGACGAGGCGUUGGCAACGUGGCGUCGGGUCCGCUCAGCGAGGCCUUGAUCGAUGGCUAUCCGUGGCGUGGGGAAGCUGGCUUUGCGUAUGGUAGUGGCUAUGGCACGCUAAUCGUGUUCACUGGUAUUACCGCACUUCUUGGUGGGUCAAGUUUCCUGGGUAAGCGGCUUGGGUGGGUGUGA